UUUAAAAGGAAAAAAAUAUGACAUCAUCCUUGCAUUUUGGAUGGAAAAAAUUAAAUAAAAAAGUGACACGUAGGCAAUGAUGACAUCAACGGUUGUUAUUUUAGUAUAUAUAGAUAGAUAUCAUGAAGGUUUUUCGAGAUAUUAUACCAACAACUAAAAACCAAAAUUGCAGAAUGCUUACUCAAGUAAUUAUCCCACAUAAAUCUUAAUAAAAACUGUAGUGGAUUUGUUUCAAACCAAUCAAUUAAUUUAAAUAAUAUUUGGAUUAGUCACUAAUUGACUCUUGAUGCAAUGAUGAUUGGAGGACCGCGUGUUCAAUCCUCUGCAACAACAAUUGAGAGGGGAGUAGAACCUAAUCAUCCAGAACUGAUCCCCGAAUCCAAAUUAGAGCAAAGAGUGGAAAAAAAAAGCAAAAUGUAAGCAACUUUUGUUGACUUUGAAGAACAUUGACUAUUGCUGUUCUUUGAGAUAAAGAAGCAUAGUGUCAAGAUCCAUGAAUCCCGAUGAAAUCAUAUUCAGACCUCUGUAACAUCCUUAGCUUCUUCUAAAAAAUCCCUGAAUCCUCGGCUUCUAACUUAAUCUUCUGUAAUCAUUAAAAUGUCAGAAGCACUUCUCUGGGCUGUCACAAAAACAAUUCUAGGACACAUUGCUUCUUUUGCAGGUGAUCUUACCUGCAGUUAUGCUACUGAAGGGAUUUUAGCAGCACAACGUGUUCGAAACGAUCUGAAGAAGAUCGAGAACAAGGUGAUUGCUAUUCGUGCAGUCCUGCAUGAUGCAGAGAAAAAACAGUAUGACAGUGAAGCCAUCAGAAUCUGGCUGAAAGAUCUGAAAACUGUUGUUUAUGAUAUUGAUGAUCUCUUGGAUGAAGUUGGGACUGAUUUAUUGCGGCGUAGAGUUAACAAAGGUCAUGCUCUUCAGCAAGUCAGAUUUUCACCUCCCUUAGAAGAAUUCAAAUAUACAGUUGCAUAAAUUUAGUAGCUAUACCCGAGGGAUUCAGUCAGCUGAAUUGCUUGCAGAAGCUACUGAUUAAGAACUGCCCCCAUCUCAGUAAAAGAUGUGCAAAAUAUACAGGCGAAGAUUACUCUCAUAUUUCACAUGUGCCUGAAGUUCUCCUUGAUGAAAUUCACAUCAAUGGAAUUGAUUCCGUCUGAAUCAGGUUUUAAUUCUAGUCUCAUUGUUUUCAUUAAGCUCAUUGCAUACUUUAGACUCCUUUUGUGUUGUGCAUACUUUGAGUGAUCAGAAUGCAGAUCAGAGUCAUUCUACAAUUAAGUAUCAUGAAAAAUACUGUGGAUUUAUUCUUCUUUUAAAUAAGAGACUGGCUUUCAUUUUGCUAUGCUGGUGUUCUGACACCAAAUUAUAUGGUCAAGUUUCGAGUUAUACAAUUGAGCAUACCAAAAUCAUUAUGAUCAAUUCUCUAAUAUAUACAUAUAUCCAGUCUUGGUCAUUUAUUUUCUUUAUUAUCGCGUCUUUUACCAGCACAGUCAUGAAAGAUUUCUACAGUUUUGAUCAAUUUUGGCUUCUGUUUUACUGACAUAGACAGUUGCUGAUGCAAGAUCAUAAACAAAACUAAUUAGAAUUUGUUUUGGCACGCCUUAUUGGAUUUAGAUAUCCAUCACUCUUUCCGCAGUCUUAAUCUUUUAAUCUUAUGCAAAUCAUUUAACCAAUGUUCUUCAAAAAAAAAAAAAAAAAAAACUUUUAACCAAUGCACAACUGGUAUUUCUGCAGUACGUGACAGAUGAAGAUAUGUAUAGAG